UUCACACCGCCUCUCCUCGAAGCCCUAGUUUUGGCGGCAAUCAUCGAUCGACGAUUCAACGCAGUGAAGAAGCAAAACGAGAACUCUCAGCUUUCUCCUCUAAUCUCAGAUGGCUCCAAACUCUCGUGUAGUGUCGAAGAGACACAGACCACAUGAGAAAUUCGAUAAGAAAAAAGAUACGAAGAAGGCUAAACUUGUUGUUUCAAAUCAUCCAACAGAGGAGGAGGAGGAUCUAGAUUCAUCUGAAGUAGAAGAAGAAGAACCUGUUGAGGAAGAACCGGAACCAACGGUUUACAGAAAACCGACUACGUAUGAUAAUUUGCUGGCGUCUCUCGGUUCAUCUAACAAAGCUGUUGAUGAUAUGAACAAAAGAAGGCAGAGAGAGGAGGAAGGCAAAAGCGACACAGAAGGAGAUGAUGAGGAUGAGGACGAGGAAGAGGAUGAUGACAGUGGGUCUGAGGAAGAGGAUGAUGAUGAUGAGAUUGAAGGGGCUGAUGAGGAAAGUCUCGGAGGUCUUACUGAGAACACAGAGGAGGAGAAGAAUGAUAAUCGUAGCGAGGAAGAAGAAUCUGACGAUUAUGAAACGGAUGAGGAGCUUGAGUUGACUACCAAUGGCAAACCUUUGGUUGAUGCUUCUUCAUCUGCUAGUGCAUUUAGUGAGCACCUUAGUCACACAUUAUCAAGUGAAGAAGUGAAAACCUUACCCGAAGGCAAGUGGAAAUUUAAAUGGGAAGCACCAGCCGUUGACAUGCCAAAUUGCAAGUGGAAAGGAACAAGACAAAAUUUCCUCGAUGCUGUUCAGAGUGAUGCACCUUAUGGCCUCAAGCCGAAGUUAUUUAAGCACUGGCUUCAGUUAUACGAAAAGUCUGGUGGAAAAGACUUUGACUCAUCUAAAAGAAGAAGAUUCUUCUCCAUUUGCAACAGCUACCUGGAUAUUUUGCAUUCUAACAAGAGACCCUUUUACAAUAAAGGCCGUGAAGAAGACUCAAGUGUUAUGGACGCCUAUCUUAUGCAUUCUUUGAAUCAUAUUUUUAGAACGAGAGAUCUUGUGAAGAAGAAUGAAAGUAAAAUUGCAAAGCAUCGAGAGACGUCUGAACAGGAAAUUCUUUCUGAUGAUGGAUUUCUUGACCAAGGAUUUACUCGUCCAAAGGUAUUGAUUAUACUACCGAUGAGGAGUAUUGCCUUUCGCGUUGUUAAGAGACUCAUACAACUAACUCCAGAAGCUCAAAGGGUUAAUGUGGAACACCUUGACCGGUUUAAUGCCGAGUUUGGAUGUGAAGACGAAUCCGAUGACGAUGAUGAGAAGACAUCCAAAAAUGGAAAAUCGGCAACCCACAAGUCUUCAAAACCUUCUGAUUGGCAAUCCCUGUUUGGUGAGAAGAACAGUGAUGAUGAGUUCAUGUUAGGCAUUAAGCAUACAAGAAAGAGCAUUAGGCUGUAUGGUGAUUUCUAUUCCUCAGACAUGAUUAUUGCUUCCCCCCUCAAGUUACAUAUGGCCAUUGGUCAAGCAGAAGAAAACAAGGAAAAGGAUGUCGAUUUUCUGUCCUCUAUUGAGGUUUUGGUUAUCGAUCACGCAGACAUAAUAUCUAUGCAGAAUUGGUCGUUCCUUACUACAGUCAUCGACCACAUAAAUAGAUUGCCAUCUAAACAACAUGGUACCAAUGUCAUGCGAAUCCGGCCUUUGUAUUUGGAAGGACAAGCACGGUUCUAUCGACAGUCAAUAAUUCUAAGUUCCUAUUUAACCCCAGAGAUGAAUGCGGUAUUCAAUCGCCAAUGCUUGAACUACAAAGGAAAGGUGAAGCUUGCGUGUGAAUACAAAGGUGUUCUCGAGAAAGUGUUGCUCCCUGUCCGUCAGAUUUAUGAAAGAUUUGAUGCAGACUCCAUGACCCAAGCAGACGAUGCCCGUCUUGAAUAUUUUACCAAAAAGAUAUUCCCAAAGAUUAAAGAUUCUGUUCAGGGAGGUGUAAUGAUCUUUAUCCCUUCUUACUUCGAUUUCGUCAGGCUUAGAAACUAUCUGAAGUCGCAGAAUGCCUCUUUUUGUCUUCUUGGAGACUAUACAAAGAAUGCGGAUAUAUCUCGUGCACGAGAGUGGUUUUUUGCAGGGAGCCGAAAGAUAAUGCUUUACACUGAGAGGGCAUACUUCUAUCGGAGAUACAAGAUCCGUGGCAUAAAGAACUUAAUUUUCUAUUCCCUUCCGGAGCGGAAGGAGUUUUACCCUCAGAUUAUGAACAUGCUUGAUGAAGGAUCGUAUGACCUGAUGUCCACUGCACUUUUCUCUCGUUUUGAUCUGCUCAAGAUGGAAAGGAUCGUUGGGACUGCGCACGCAAAAAGACUGAUCAGUUCUGAUAAGAGCAUCUUUGCUUUCUGUUAAGGAGUCAAGAAUGUUCAAGCAUCCCAAGCUUUUGGUGAUCACCAUCGCUCCAGUUUUGAUUUUCUUCUUUUUUCUUUGGUCAGAUAUACAGUGAACCGAUUCAAACCUAUUUAAACUAAACACAAUCUUAGAGAUUGAAUUGAUGUUGUUUCCAUAGAAUUUUAUACAUUCUUCGACAAAGAUUGAAUUGAUGUUUUCAUUGGUUCAAAAAUAUGAAUUAGUAAUUCUGG